UGCUUGCUUCUUUAUGUGUGUUUAUCUUACUCAAACACUCAUAAUACAGACAUUUAUAAUACUACUAGUUAGAAAGCAGGGAGUACAUGAUAGCACAAACUCUGCAGUGAGCUUGUGUUUAGCAGUGAUGGAUGGAAAACUAUGCCCUGGCCACUGCAUUCUGCACCAUCAGGAGUUGCUGAAUAAAUGUGCCAUUCAUCCCUCAGCUGUCCUGUGUGUUGUUGUUGUCGUCUCCUGUUUGGACUCACGUGGAUAAUGUAAUUGACAGAUGGCUCUCAUUCAGGCCAGGACAGGCACAGAGAAAGGGGGAUGGACAUAACAAGUUAGGAUGUUGUUGCCUGAAUUUGUGCACUUGGACGUUCGCAAAUGAGGACUCAUCAGCUUGGAAAUAUUGAGGUUUCCUGAGGAUUCUGGAAGGAAACUGUGGCGGGAGUUGUGACUGUCCUGGGAUUACAUCAGGAAGGAUAAAUAUCCAUUUCUGAAAACCUUUUGAAAGGACCAAUGGGUGCUAAAUUUAGCACCUGCUGCUUUCGCUACUAUCUGAAACACAGCAAAGAAGAGGGGAAUGCUAUUUUGCGUAUGCACUCCACCACAGCUUCCCGACCACCGGAGCUGUUGUCCAGUGGGUCCAGUGACAGUGAAACAGAAGAGGAGAGCCUUUUUGGGCCAGAGCCUUCGAAAUGGAACCAGUGGCGCAACAAGCAGAGCCAGAGGAGCACUGCUGAUCAGUGGGCCAGCACAAACAGACCCUGUGACUCUCCCAUCAGCCGAGGAUCAGACAGAGAGCUACAGGCUUUUAUCAGCAUGAGAGACCAGGCUGACAAGGCCACAGAGGAGUGGGAGAAGCUGAAUUAUGACAUACACACUUUGCGCUACGCAAGACGAGAAGUCAGAUCUCGAUGGAAGAAAAUCUUGUUGCAGCUAGGUUAUCAGUGUGAGGUGGAUGCCUUGCUGUGUGUGAACAGAGAGAGCCGGUUCAGUCAAGACCACGAGCACCACAGCAAAUCAACUGAACUGCUGAAACAGCUGCUGGACCACACCUCUCUUUUCCCCCCAGGAACAGGGCUCCAGAACAGAUACCUCUAUGUCAUGGACUGCCUGGUGUCACUGGACAGUGCUGAGGACUUUGUGAGACUGGCCAAGGAAAAAUACCCCAAGAAAUAAGGCUGAGGGACAGUGGCAGAAAGAUGAAGACAGAAAGGCUGGGAGUGAGAAUGUCUGAAAUGUUGAGAAACCUGCUCUUUAAUAUGAAUCUUGAUUGAAUUAAUUAAUACACUGCAUAUAUACAUAUAAUUUAAUACACUGCAAAUAAGUUGCACUUUUUUUAGUAUAAACCAUACAGUUUAUAAUACUGUCUAAAAACACUGUGUUUUUUUAUUUAUUCAUUUUUCAGUAGUCUGUUUGUUGGACUGUUACACUGUUGUUUAGCUGGAGAAAUGCAGAUGCCUUCUGGAGAAUUGGGCAAUUAAGAAACAACGUUACAGGUGGAGGUACCACUUAAAACAUUUUGUUUUGUGCUUGUUGUUUAGUUGUUUUGGUCAGUUGUUGUACAUGGACAGGCAUUUCAAAAAAGUUAAGAAACCAUCUGCAGGUUGCAUAUCUGCAAGAUGUGUCUACUGUAUAUUAAAUAUGAAACAGUUCAUUUAACACAAUUGUUGUCAACUGAUAGUAACUGUUUUUUAAUGUGGUACUGGGUUGUUUCUUACUCACCUUGUCACUAAUAAAGUGUAUUUGCUCAGUCCAGCA